AUGCAUGGUAUAAUCAUUUGCUCUUAAAUUACUGUCAUGGAAAGCAAGAGGAAGAAAACUCAAGGCCGCCGGAAAAUUGAUAUCAAGAAGAUAGAAGAUGUCAACCACCGCCACGUGGCCUUCUCCAAGAGACGCCUCGGCCUCUUCAACAAAGCUUGCGAGCUCUGCAUUCUCUGCGGCACCCACAUCGCCGCCAUCGUCGAAUCCUACGGCGGCAAACGCGUCUUCGUAUUCGGCCACCCGAAGCCCGACGCUGUCAUUGACCACUACCUCUCUGGCGCCACCGCCCCUCCAGACUGGCUGCCCGACGACCCUCUGCUGAGGAGGAGCGAGCAGCUCUACCAGCAGGCGUGUCUGGAGCUGGAGGCGGAGAAGGAGAAGGUGGAGGAGAGGGAAGGCGAGGGUGGUGGGGUCCGCUGGUGGGACAUGCCGAUAGAGGGCAUGGGUUUGAAGGAACUGGAAGAGUACACGGCCGCCCUGGAAGAGCUGAGGAAGAAGGCGGCGCUCAGGGUUGACGAGUUGGAGACGGCGGCGAUGAUGAGGGAAAACGCCGCCGUUUUGUGCUGUGGGAGUAGUUCUUCACCGCCUCCUCUGUCGGAGUAUCAUCAGGCCGGCGGUUUGAUGAAUUUGAAUUAGUUGCUAUUUUUGAGAUUUUCAAUCACGGAAUGCAAAUCAGUUUAGAUUGUGUUACUUAAAUUAGCACUAAUUUAAUUGUAGAUUGCUGAUUAUAGAUUGCUAAUUAGCACUAAUUUUGAUUAGUUGGUCCACAUAAGUACCAUGAAAUUUUCUUUAAUUAAUACGGGAUACGGCCCUAAUCAAUACAAGUACUACGUAAUUAUAAGCAUCAGUUUUGUUAUGCUUG